ACGGGAAUGAGGCGGUCAGCGGGUUUAUAAAUAAGGAAUUGUUUUGAGCAGCGGUGUUGCAAAUAAGAAUAAAAACAAGAUGGCGGACGGAGCGCAGUUAACAAGCGCUGCAGCCACAGGCGACGAAAAGGUAGUGAAGGCGAUUUUGGAUCAAGGAAUGGACGCAAACUCAUUUUCACCAGAAGGCUUCAGACCUCUUUGCAUUGCAGCUUUUUGGGGUUACAGCGGGAUUGUACAACUUUUGCUAGAUCGAGGAGCUGACAUUGAUGCGUGCAACAGAGGCACAAAUUGGACAGCCCUGCACUGCGCAACAUUCCAAGGACAUGGAAAAGUUGUAAUGCUACUAAUGAAUAAUAACCCUGAUAUGACAAUUAGAGACAACCUUGGCAGAUCAGCAAUUGACUUUGCAUCUGCACUUGAUGGGAUAUGGCCAUUUUUUGCAGCUGCCGGAUGUAAAAGGACACCCAAAGCUGAGCUUAUUCAAAUGGAUAUUGUAAAGAAGGUUGAAAUUGGAGAAGAAAAAAUUCCAAACACAGAUAGAGCAUACUUUUCACGCCCUGGUUCAGCAUAUAUUUUCAAGACACCAACACUGCAAGGGGAUAGAACACAGCAUAGCUACCAGCAACAAGCUGCAUUAAACAAUGGUGAUGUCUUGACAGCUAGCGAUUCUUCACCUCGAAGCUCUCGCAUGGAUGGCCCUGCAUUCUCGGUGUGGAGGAGCUGAUAAAUGCCUUUUUAUUGAGAGCUAAAGAAGGAGGGAACCUUAAAAAUUUGAGAUGCCUUCUUUUUCAAAUUCAGGGGAAAUUUCUAAGGAAAUAGAGCACAUUGAAGGCAAUCAGUCUUAACUUAUAGUGGUGUUGAAACUUCAA